AUGCCCAUCGGGUCCCGGAUCGACAAGCUGGACCUCCAUGUGUUGUCCAACUGCAGCAUUGAUCGCGCUGAGAUGUUGGUGAGCAACUGUAUGGAGUCUGAGACGGAUGACUUUGUAGACACCAACCCCAUUCUGGAUCAAGGGUGUACGACUACCACCAGCACAUUAGAGGUUGUUACAACACAAACCAAUUCCAAGGUUUACCGUCUUGAUUUAAGCAACCUGGAAACUAAAGGAUCAACGAUGUAUAUCAAGUGCACAGUCAACCUGUGCAUCGCCACCUUGCCCUCUCAGAAGUGCCCCAAUCUGUGUUCCCGCUCAUUAAAUCAGAAAAUGUUGGUUGGCAGCGUGUUCACAAGAUCCUAUACCAUUCAGUCAGGACCCAUCAGCCUCGUGGUCACCACACCCGCACCAAAAACAACAGCCCCUGCCACGAAGGCGCCCACUAAAGCACCAACUACUGCAACUACUACUACUGCAGCUACUACCAUUACAACCACAGCUGCCCAGACCACCUCACGUGCUCCAGCUCAGACCUCAGCCGUGGCAGUGGGAGUCAUUUUGACAACUAUCAGCAUAUUUCUUCAGAACACCUUCCUUAACUGA